AUGGUGCGUAACCUGCUUCUCAUGCGAGAGCCGACAGCUCACGACGCUGCAGAAUCCCGCGGGCGCCAAUCGACGCUCGGCAAUCAAGUCACCAACUUCCGAAGCGCCUGCGCUCUGACUCAACAACUCGCUGACGCCGCCAUCCACUCGGCGGCACCAUCUUCGUCGCGCAAAGUCGAGCAACAAGCCCCCAGCGCAAUCUGCCGGUCAUCGACGCUUCCAGCAUCGUUCUCCCUGUCGCGCAAGCUCAACGACUUUGGCUUCACUCAACUACCUCGGCUUCACCUCGGCGACUCUCGUGCGAUUGCGGCUUCACCCCAACUACUUCUCGUCGACUCUCGUGCAAUUCCGUCCGGCGAGCGGGGUAAUAAGCCUCUAUCAUCGCUCUCAAGUCAACUGCCAUGCCUGUCCUCCCAAGGCAAUCGCCUCGCCUCCCCCGAGCGCGACCUUGACCCUCGCCUUCGCUCUGAAGCAGGCCCUUCCACUUUGCCCGCCAUCCUCGCUUCCGCUUCCGCUCUCGAGCUCGUCAUUCACCCUCGCUUUUCGCUUCAAGCGCGACCCCUCUAUGAAUCUGUCUCGCUUCGAGCUUCCCGUGCUCACCCUGAGCCAUUUAGCGCUUACGCCAAGCUGCCCAGCGCUCACCCCAAGCUUCCCGGCACUCUCUUCACCCUCCUAGAUCUCCCCAUCAUCGUCCGUCGCCUCCCGAACGAUCUCAUAACGCCCGAAUCCCUCCGAGCGAUCUACGAAGGCCCCCGAGUGAUCUACAAAGCCCCCCAAUUAAUAUGUCCAUGGAUCUUUGUCCGCCGAGCGAGGUGAUACGGCCGGGGCAGCCUUACCUACUCGAGACCUUCUCGACCACACAGAUAGGCUCUCGAGCACUUUGCUGACCCGCGAGCGUGUUGCCAACCCGCGAGUGCGUUGCUGG